AGAAGAAACAGCGCAGGAAGCGCCAGGAACCCCUCAUGGUUCAGGCCAAUCCUGAUGCUUCCCUGAGGCACCGGCGACCAAGGCGUGGGGACGAUCGCUUCCAGAGUGACAGCGGCUGGGGACUUGGCGCUGGGAGUCCUCUCCUCCAGAAGAACAUAGCACAGACACAUCUGCCCUCCGGGGCCCACAGUGCCCUGGCCACCAUGAACUAUGGUGGAGAUGGUAGUGGCGAGAGGGCCCCCCUAUUGUCACACAGAGGAGCAGUGUACACUCGGGGCACUGGUGCUGCUUUCCACCACCUAUGCUGGCUCCCAGACAGCUCGGAUUCAGAUGUGGAGGAAGUGAGCAUGGAGGAUAUCCCUGUCAUCCCCCCACCUCCCAAGACACAUAUGGCAAACCGUCGCAGGGGCUGGCUAGCCUCCCCAGGACCUGGGAUCAGUGAAGAGGAGGAGGAAUCCAAGGAAGUGUCAGUGGAACACAAGGCACCCAGCCCGGCCCCAGCCCCUGCAGUGGACUCUGACAGGGUUCAUGGAGACUCGGCAUCCUGCAUGGUGGGAGAGAGCACAGAGAAAAAGAACACAGAAGCAAGCCCACCAGCCUCCGACGUCAGGGAUGAAGACCUGGAGAAGAAAGUGGCUUCGGAGUCUACGGGGACAAACAACGCCCCAGUGGCGCCCAAUGUCUUGCAAGGCAAUGGCGACACCAGCAGCCACAAUUCUUGGAAUAUACCCUGUUCCCUGCCCCGCACGCCAGGCCCUCGGCUCGGGGAGGACAUGGAGGCCUAUGUGCUGCUACCCGCACCCCGAGAGCACAUGGUGCAGUGCCGCAUCGUCCGCAACAAGCAUGGCAUGGACAAGAGCAUGUUCCCCUCCUACUACCUCUACCUGGAGGCAGACGACGGAGUGGCCCAUUUCCUUCUGGCAGGGCGGAGAAGGAAAAGAAGCAAAACCUCAAAUUAUCUCAUCUCCCUGGACCCCAAAGACAUGUCUCGCAACGGGAACAACUUCGUAGGUAAAGUUAGAUCCAAUGUCUUGGGCACGAAAUAUACCAUCUUUGAUAACGGGGUGAAUCCUGAGCGGAACUACUGGAUCCCAGACAACACCCGGAUCAGAGAGGAGCUGGGAGUUGUGUGUUAUGAAACCAAUGUCUUGGGAUUCCGGGGGCCUCGCAAAAUGACCGUGAUCCUUCCAGGAAUGGACAGCCAGAAGCAGAGGAUGAGAGUUCAGCCACAAAGUGAUCAGGAUUCCAUAUUGAGUCGCCUACAAAAGGGUGCUAGACACGGCCUGCUCCAACUGAAGAACAAAGCCCCAUCUUGGAGCGAGGAGAGCGGCGCCUACGUGCUCAAUUUUCACGGUCGCGUCACUCGGGCUUCGGUCAAGAACUUCCAGAUUGUGCACCCCGAUGAACCGGACUGCCUGGUGCUCCAGUUCGGCCGCGUGGCCCCAAACAUAUUCACUAUGGAUUUCCGAUAUCCUCUUUGCCCUCUCCAAGCCUUCGCCAUCUGCUUAUCUAGUUUCGAUGGGAAAUUGGCGUGUGAGUAACUGAAUAAAAUACCAUCCC